AUUGAAGAUAAAAUAUUAAUUAGAAAUUUUAUAUAAAUAUUAUCUAACAUUUCUCAAUCACUACAACUCAUAGUAUCAUUUAGUUAGUUAGUUGGUGAUAGUGUCAUGAUCAAAAUGUAUACACAGACUAUCCCGCUGUUCUUUGCUUUACACUAUGUCUCUGCAUACACUAUACUCCAAAUAGAGUUGAAGAAUGGCGCGGAUGUGAAUGGAGUGAAAGAAUUGACAGACAAUACUGUGUUUAUCAGUCCUGAGUCGAAGCUGCCCACCCUGCGUGAGAUUAUAUUUGUCUUCGACAAAUGCUUCGUUACACCUCAGAACAAGGACAGUGCAAUAAAGAAGGAAACGCCGCAUGAAAAUCCAAUAGAGUUAGACGCAUCACUUCGUUCGUUCACUAAUGGGCACGGCUACCAAUUCGCUGACUGGGAAUUAGUUGAUGAACACCAAUCACGAACGGAUGAUAAGGUAGAAGAUAAGACUGAUAACGAAAGUGAAAGUGUAAGAGAUGACGCAGAUCAUUAUGAUGCCACCGCUGAUGAGAAAACAGAUGAACCUGACGAUUAUUAUCAGGUUCCAGAGAUUCCAGAUAUAGAUCCACGCCAUCUUAGAGAUAUCGAUAGGGCUAAGACUUUAAGAAAUGAGAUGUUCGAUAAAAUAAAAGAGAAGUACAGCAGGAUUAAAAGGAGUAAUGUUGAUCCAACUGAAAAGGUUAGGGGCAAAAGACAAUUAUACUAUCAGAACAUACCAGGAGCCACGGCCCAACACAAUAUAGAUCCCACAGCCAACCCGGAUUAUACGAACAGAAUGUUAGGGAAUAGACCACUGUACGACAGCUCUAAGAAUGUAAUGAAUCCUUUUUUAAUAGAUGAAAAUGGAAACAUUUUGUAUGAUCACAUGAAUACUGUGUAUUCCGGUGGUAGACAGAUUGGCAGCAUACCUGGAGCGUAUGGCAUGAAUUUUAAUAACGAUCAAGGUUACUAUUUGAACCAUAUGCAUUACAUGCAAAAUGAACCCAUCUAUAACCAACAUCUUGCUCAGCCUGUUCAACAAAGGCCAAGUGAAAGUUACACAUUAAAUAAUAAUCCCUAUAAACAAACAAUACAAUCAAAUACACCCAACGUUGAAUUACGAAACGUUAAUCAAAUACCUUCGUCAGAAAUAGAUGAUAUAAAGAAAUUAAAUCAGGUUCCAAAAAAUGAAAUUCUUAAUAGUGUACCUAAAGAAAUGGAAAAUAGAAAUAAAAAUGUAACUCAAGUAAUAGAUAUAGAAAAAACAAGAAAUAGUAAUGAAGCAAACAAAACGCUUAGACACAAUAAAGAAAUGUUACAUAACGUUAACCAAAUGAGUAAAACGAUUGGAAGUAUUACAGAAAAAUUUAAAGAUAGAUUUGCUAGUGCAAACGGAAUAUUAAAUACACCCGAAGGAAGGAAAUUUCUCACUUAUUAUGAAUUAAUUAUGGCAGGUGAUAACAAAGAAUUUCCGAAUGAUAUAGCAGCCCCAUAUGUACACGUCAACGAUUUUACAACAUCAGAUUCUAAGAAUCUUACCAAAGAUGAUAAGCUAGAAAUUAAACCUUAUAACACCGUUGAUAAAAAUCAUGUUGGAGAGGCUAGUAUGCAUAAUAAUUGUAGCGAUAAGAGAGAUAAUGCCAAUAACUCAUUAUCUGUGGUUAAUGAAGAUGUAGACGCAGUAAUUAAGGAAAAAAUGGGAACAUCAACCAAUAAUUCUGACAACACAAACACGGCAAAUUUAAACACUACUGAGCCCACUAAAAUUCAGACAAUUGAAGACAACAAAUGCGAGAACCCAGAACCUCCAGCCAUUGAAAUACUAACUACUACUUGUAAUAAAACUAUGAGCAUUGAAAAAGACAAAGAAUCUACAUUAGGUCCCGUGAAUAUCGAAAGUUUCAAUGAGACUUCAACUACAGAACUAAAAGAAAAUAAGACAGAAACCUCUGUUACAAAUAAAAUAAGUGAAGAAAACUGUAAAGAAUGUAACACUGAUGAUGAUAGUAAAAAUGAUAAAAAAUCCGAAAAUGCUAACUUAGAUGACUUGUUUAAUAAGGACGAGUUUUGGGAUUGGCUUUCAAAAUGGACAUCAGCUUAUAUGGAAAUUCUAAAUGAGAACAUCGAAAUAAUUGUCAAAGAAGAAGUAACUAAGCAACUGGAAGAAAUCUUUUGGCAACAGAAGAAUAAAGAGACAACAUUGGAAAAAGCGACGUUCAAUAAGAGUAGGGAAAAUGAAUAUGACGAGGAAAUCUUGUCCUGAAAAAUGCAUUAUAAAUCAUUGAACUAAUAAAUACCUACUAAGUAGAGCUCAAGCCUAUUUUGAAACGAUUUAUUUUUACUUCGCUAAUUCGACACCUGCAAGGGAAAAAAAUUUAUCUCAGUUGAAUCUCGGAAUUUUAUUGAGGCUCGAUCAGCGAUCAUAAUAUCUCAAAACUCAAAAUCGCCAAAAACUGAAAUAGGCAAAUGUUCUUCCUUGCAGAUAUCGAUUUAUUAUAAUUAAAAAUAAUUAAGUAAUUUAUUUAUUGUAGUAUUAUAUUAUUUUAUAGUUAAAAGUCUUCUUAGGGUGAGAUCAAUAAACCACACUCAGACUUUGCUUAGACUUAAGCCAGAGUUAAAACGAGACAGAUGUAUAUCUCUCACAUAAAUCUGUCUCGUUUUAACUCAAUCUUAAGUCUGAGCAAUGUCAAAGUGCGCUUUAUAAAUCUCACCCUUAGAGUAGGUACAAAGUAAAAAUAAUAUGAAAUGAAGUGGAAAUGAAAAAAGAAUGUGACUCAACACUCAACACCCUUUCUUCCUUCCUUCUUUCUUUCUUCAUUGCAGAUGUCGACUUAUUAUAAUUAAUAAUAAUUAACUAAUUUAUUUAUUGUAUUAUUAUAUUAUUUCGUAGUUAAAAGU